CUUACGGCCUGUGCUCUCGCCGCGGGGAGGGCUGGCAGCGCUUCCACCCUGCCCCCGCCUGCCCCCGCAGCGCCCCGCCAGCCCCGCCCGCGCGGAGGACAGAGAAACGCUCGCUACCUGGUGCGCGUUUCCUGGCCGCUGCGCCCCGGGACCAGCCCCAGGCACGGGCCUGCACCGGGCCGUGCGGGCUUGGCGACAGAUUGCUCAGAGAAUUCGGCUUAAAAAGAGAUCAACUAUGGGCAUUAAAGGUUUGCAGUGGUUUGUGGCAAACACUUGCCCUGAUGCAUGUACAAUGGUGAAUCUGAAGGAAAUGGCAGAAAAACAUCACAUCAGUCAUCCUGACUCCCCUCCUGUAAUUGUGGUAGAUGCCAUGGGUUGUAUUCGACACUGGUACACACCAGAAUCCUGGGUCUGUGGUGGCCAGUGGCAAGAGUACCUUGCUAAUUUGCAGGAUUUUAUUAAAGCUUUUAUGGCAGCUGAUAUCAAGUUGGUGUUCUGCUUUGAUGGUGUGGUAGAGCAGAAAAAGAGAGAUGAAUGGGUCAAACGAAGAUUGAAGAACAACAAAGAAAUAGCCAGAAUCUUUCAGUUCCUCAAGUCCUAUAGACAACAACCAGGGAGAGGGAUGUUCUUUAUUCCUUCAGGGUUGGCAACUUUUACACGCUUUGCCUUAAAGUCUCUUGGUCAAGAAACAAUAUGUUCAUUGCAAGAGGCGGACUAUGAGGUGGCCUCUUAUGGGCUGCAAAAUAAUUGCAUGGGAAUUCUUGGACAAGAUACCGACUACCUCAUCUAUAACACCUCUCCCUAUUUUUCUAUUGAUAAGCUCUGCUUGGACAGGAUGGUCACUGUUAUGUACUCUAGAGAGAACCUCUGUCAUGCACUGGGCCUCAACAUAACAGACCUCCCUCUUUUUGCUUGCCUGCUUGGGAAUGAUAUAGUUCCAGAAGACAUUUUGGAGGGUUUCUGGCAGAAAUGUGUAGCUUCAUGUCCUCCAAAGAGCCAGAGCUAUGACAAAAGGGCUAACACAAUUCUAGCUGUAGCAAGCUACAUAUCAAGAGUUCCAUGCUCUUAUGGUAGCCUGAAAGACUUGGAAGAAAUGCUACCUUUGGCAUCUGACAAGAAAUUGCUUUAUAGGGGAGUGGAGUCCUAUAUCUUGCCUGGCCAACAGUCUCCAUGGCUUCCUCCCGGUGUAUCAAAUUCUCAAAUACACCUGGUCAAGCAAGAAGCAGCCAUAUGUCCAGAUCAGGAGAUCUUUCAGCUAGCUAAAGAACAACACGUCAGAGCUGAAAAUUAUAUGGUGUACAAUGUCCUCAGUAAAGGAGAGGUUGAAUGCAGCAAUACAUUGGAAGAUGAACUUGAUACAGAACUUCCUGGACAGGCACUUAUCUACCGUCCUGUUCGACAACAUAUUUAUUCUGUUCUGCUAGAGUCCGGAAAAGACACCUGCGGAGCCUAUCCUAUAGUAAAGGAAUGGUUUGUGUACUUUGGGAAUCCAAUGGAGCAACCAGACCUCGUACAACCUAUGCAGCUUGACAUCCCAGGUGGAACACCUAGUUUGAGAACAUUGUGGCUCACUAAAGGACCAGAGGUGCAAACACUACGGUAUAGCACAUUUCUGGCAUGCUUUCACCUUCAGGACAUGGUGGAGGAGUUCCAGUUACUGGACCCAUCUGUUGCGGCUGUCUGCUGUCUGCUGAUUUACCUUACUCUGCAGGUGGACAGUCUCUCUCUGGAGGACUUGAAUGCGUUUGUGGCUCACACUCUGUGCCUUCAGGGGAAGUCAGCUGCUCAGCUAGCAGGUUUGCAGCUUGGCCAGGUUGAUUCCAGAGCUGUACAGCUUGGUUCUCUCUUCAUUCGUGGGCUUACAACUUUGAUUAUGGCCAAUAGUUCCCUUGGCUUUCCAAUGAAUAUGAAUGAUUUGAUGCCCUGGAAGGUGUUUGAUGGAAAACUUUUUCAAGAGAAAUAUCAGCAGUCACACAGAGGCUGUUCUUUGGAGGAGCUUUUGGAGGGCAAUGGAUCUUUGCACAUGCAGUUCCAGAAUCUGAAGUCAUUCAUUUGCAAGGCUUGCAUGGUAAAGAAAAGAACAAUUCAGAGCAGACGGCGAGGGAAUGAAUUUAUCACAGAAAUGCAAGAAGGAGGAAGGGAACGUAGCUUCCAGCAAGCAUACACAACUUCUUUUGUUCCACCAUAUCAUAGUCAGAACAGGGGAUUCCAGUGGAGAGGCUCUCAACCUUACUUUUAUGGGUCUGAGGCACAACCUUCAGGUAGAGGACAUCGAGACCAGAGGAGACAUCAAGGCCAGAGGAGAAGGUUCCAGCUUGCUCCCCGAUGGCCCAGAUGACUUUGUCCUUGACUGGAACUGAAUGAAAAGUGAUAAGAAGACAAGAUAUGUUUUUAUAAAGUACUAUACAUUGAAUAUAAUAAAAAUCAUUUCAGUAUUUCUAUUGUACCAUCAAGAAAAUGUCAAAUUGAAUACACAUUUUAAAAUUGGUGGUGGGAAGGAUUUAGUUACAAACACAUUACCCUGACUUCACUCGGUAUUUCCAAUCCCAUUUCAUUUUGUACCUCUGAUACUACUUUUUCAUUGCUAAUGUAAUGUUUAUAAGAGUAUGUGUUUGUUCUGAGGCAAAUUUUGAAUUAUUUACCACAGUGAUGGGCACUUUACAAAAGUUCUAAGGCAGACAGUUAUGAAAUCUAAUAGUAAAGGAAAUGUGUACAGAAACAGAGGACACUUUUAUGUGGUGAAGGAGAUAGAGGAAAUCUAAAGUGGUAAAGACGUGAGUGAGCUUAAGAGUAUGUCUACACUGCAAUUAGACACCUGUAGCUGGCCUUUGCCAGCUGCCUUGGACAUGGGCUAAGGGCUGUUUAACUGUGCUCUAGACAUGUGGACUUCCACCUCACAGGCUCAAGCCCAAGCCCGAACGUCCAUACUGCUAUUAAACAGCCCUUAGCCCAAGCCUUGUGAGCCCACAUCACCUGGCACGGGCCAGCUGUGGGGUUUUAAUUGCAGUGUAGACAUACCCUAAGAAGUCAUCCCAAUCAAGUGCGGAUAAACCUUUAUGCCACAUAUACACACACAUUCUAUGUAUGCCACAUCUUUUACAGAAAAAGUAUUUUAGAAGUAUUUCAGAUAACUUUAAAUACAAAAGCUGUGUUUUUUAAGUAUCUAUCUACCUGUAAAGUCAGGUGGCUUAGUUACAUGAGACCAUCUAUGCAGGGCUCAAAGGAAGAGGAAAAUUAUAGCUAAAACAUUUUAGAAAUCUUUAAAAAUACCCUUAAGCUCACUUAUGUUUUUUCUAGACACAAAACUGUUCACAGCUUUAAAAUCUCAUUCUUAGAUCUUCCAGAGCAAAAGGAGAGCUGUGUUCCCUAUUGGGAAACCUAGUAUUUCCCUUUUCAGUUGUGUAAUGGUCCCAUUUCUAGCCCUUUGCAGUAUUAUACAUCAAACCUUAAACCGGUCAUUGGCUGAGAAGAAAAUAUUGCUCAUCCUGGGCCUUGGGCCUCUGUAGUUUGGGGGGACAUUCCAAAUGGGGGGAAGGGGACAAAACAAAUAUUUCUCUCAUAAAUUCAUUUUUUUUGUCAGCAAUUUGAAGCACAGCAGUUGAAAUGAUUGUACCACGUGUGUAGAAUGCUCAAAAUGAUAUAGAUUAGUGGACAGUGCACAGGUGUGGCAACCAAUCAUGUACCAUAAAUUAAUUUCUCACAGGCCUACAAUUUGUCAUACAGAUUUCCCUAUUACAUGUAGGGUAGUGCGUAUAGAAUGUGUGAGCGUAUAUUGUAGAUUAAAUCUGUGUGUACAAAUUUUUGGCAUGAAGAAAAUACAUAAAUUCUUCUUGUAUCUCAAAGAAUAGGUUUAUUUCUAAUGUUAAGGAUUAUUAACAAAUGAAUUCCGUAGCCACUGUAGAAGCUUGAUUUAUCGUUAUGAUACAAUGAUUACAGAUUAGUAGUUGCUAGUUUUUGGUUAAUUCUGGUACUAGUUAGCUCUGUUGCUCUCAUGCCUUAGGUCUUGUGCAGAUGUCCACUUUUGAGCCAACUAUCCAUCGAGUUUUUCCCAUCUAAUCUCUGAAUUCUCUAAACAUAAACAUGCUGUCAUUUGUACAUAAUGUGGUACUAUGAUUUUCUCAUAUGUAUUUUUAUUGUCUGAAAUACAAUACAUGUACUGUGACAUAAAUACAAAGCUACAACGCAGCUAAAUAAAUAAUUGACAAUA